AUGUGGGAACCCGAGGCCCCUGGUUCGAAGGCAGGUGUUGAGGGGGACAAUCACAAGGCCAAUGGUGGGGGGUCGGGUCAGGGAGGGCAUUCGGGUACCCGUGAUGAGCUACUUGAAUCUGCUGCUUCAGCUAUGGUUGGUUUCUCUGCAGUCAACAAGAAGAGAAGGAUGCCCAGACAAAGGAGAUCAACUUCUACCUUCCAUACUCUUCUGGCUUAUGCUUUCUCCAUUUUCUCUUCCCCCAGCUCCCACGUGCCAACGUUGACUCUCCCCCCACGGGUGUUUGAUAGAGGCAGGUUAAGAUUCCUUUUCCAGAAGGAACUCAAGAACAGUGAUGUAAGCUCCCUCAAAAGAAUGGUACUGCCAAAGAAAGCAGCAGAAACUUUCCUUCCUGUGCUGGAUUCCAAGGAAGGAAUUUUUAUAAGCAUGGAUGACUUGGAUGGUUUACAUGUUUGGAGCUUUAAAUACAGGUAUUGGCCGAACAACAACAGCAGGAUGUAUGUACUUGAAAAUACAGGAGAAUUUGUUAACGUACACGGGUUACAACUCGGAGACUCUAUCUUGGUCUACCAAGACAACCAAAACCAGAAUUAUGUUAUUCAAGGGAAAAAGGCCUCCGAUGGCGAUGUAUUUAACUUGGGGAGCAAUAUUGUUGUCAAUGAGCUCGUUGUUGAUCGUGAUUCGUGUGAGAUUAGCAAGUCCAAUUCCUUGUAUGGUCCUGUAGAGGAUAUUGAUGGAGUAGGAGGCAUGUCAUUUGUCUAUGACACAAGUUUCACUAACGACUGCUCGCCCCUAGACUUUUUGGGUGGAUCGAUGACCAACUACCCCAGGAUUGGGCCUCCGGAGAACUUUGGAUCGGUGGAGAACCUCGGACUCGAUGACUUCUAG